AGGGGUAUAAAAUGCGGGUAACUGUUCCCGCUUCUCACUCCAUUUUAGUCAGCAGAGUAAAACGGUUACGUUGGACUGUGCUGCCUAAAAUGGCGGAGAGCGGGGAUUUGGCCGACCUGGUCCAGAGGUUCCGUGCAGCAGCAGCCCAGCAAGAUCCGGAAUGGCUUCAGCAGCAGCUACGUGACCUGCUUGGAAGGAGUCCGGCGGCGCAGAGGGAUGGAAGGCCGACCAGACGUUCCAGACCGCCGGAGAGGUUGAGCCCGCAGCCCUUCAGUGGAGCAAGCAGAAGGAGCCGGAGGAGCGACGGGAGCACACAGGGGGAGAGGCAGAGCGGCAGGGGACGAGCGGCGAGCACAAGAAGGGGCAGUGAGGGAGCCAUGGAGGUCGCGCAGCAAGCAGGAGGGAGCAGCAGGCAAGUAUGCGUUAGGGCCCUCCCUGCAGCUCCGAGAUCAGAGUGUGAAGGGCAGAGCGGGGGGGCUGAAUCUGCAGAGGGGGAUGGAGCGGCAGCGUCUUCAGGCCCACAGUCCACAGGAGCAGCGGAGGAGGGAGCAGGAAUCGGCACACCAGGGGCCAGGGAGGAAGCUACGGCCCUGCAAGGGGGGAACACGGGGGAUGAGGGCACGGAGGUCACGGCCCGCCCUGCGGCUCCGAGGCCAGCGGGGAGAGGGAGAAGCAGGGAGGGGGAAGCCUCCCAACACACGCAGGCUGCGAGGGGGGGCAGAGCAUCACAGCCCCCAGCACCACGGGAGACGUGCAAAGCACGGAAGGGAGCAGGCAAGGGAACAUCCAGGGCCAGGACAAGAGACACGGCCCAGCAGGGGAAGAUAGGAGGGGGAGAGCAAAGGCAGAGCACAGGGAGCAGAAGGGACACCACGGGAGCACAGCAAGGGGAGGCGGCCCCCAACCCAGUGGGUGGCCAGGAGAGGGGAAGAGGACAUGGCACGGCUCAGGGGCACCCCCGGGAGCCGGGGGCAUCAAGGGAGAGCACCCCUGUAAUCCGGCAGGGGGGGGGAUCGGGCAGAGGCAGUGGGGAGGGAUUGCCCAGCAACAGGACCCAUGGAAGCAGCAGGCCCAGUAGGAGCAGGGAGCGCAGCAGGACCAGGCAAGGAGGGAGGCACAGCCCCCACCUUAGGAGCAGGUCCAGGAGUAGGGGGCACAGGGACUGGCACGAGCACGGCCACAGCAUGGCCAGGAGCAGAAGGGAGGACAGCGCGGCACGCUUGGGGACGCAGAGAGCGUGGGAACAGGGGAUGGAGCACAGGAGCAGGUCUAGGUCACGCUGCAGUUCACAUAGGGGCAGGCACUCGUGCUGUCGGUUUUCUUACAGGAGCAGCCCUUGCGGUUCGGAGAGAAGGACAUCGCAUGCAGGGACCCCAGCGCGGGACAGCAGGACACACGGGAGACAGUCAAGGGGACGGGAAGAGGACCGGGGAACUCAGCGCGGUGCCAGCCAGCAACAGCAUCGGACUGGAGGCACCAGGUUGGAGAGCACAGUCACGGCCCAGGGGCCGGCCGCGCCCUUGGGGCCAGGAGUGGGAGCGUUUUUGGGAGGCGGCGCCCGAGGCAUCGCGGCAGGCAUGCGAAUUUCCACAACGGCUCUGGCAGUUAGCGAGUGUCGACUGCUGGAGUUUGUAAAAGCGUCAGUGGCGGAUUCUACCUGGGCUGCAUAUAGCAAGGCUUGGAACGAUUGGAGGCAGCUGGAGGAGUGGUCCGGGGGGUUUGGUAGCAGGCAAGACAAGCUUUCAGGCCUGGUGUGGUAUGUGGUGUGGCUUGCGGAACAGGGUAAGUCAGUGGCUUUUAUUGAAAAACGAAUGGCAGCGCUGGCAUUCCGGUUUAAGCUCUUAGGUGAAGAGGAUCUCACGAAGGAAUUCCGGAUUAAGCAGGCAGUGAAGGGUAUAAAACGGGGAAAACGGACACGAGAUUCGCGCAGGCCCAUCUCCUUUGAUUUACUGGGUAAGUUACAGGGUGUCCUGCCUAAGUGUUGCCGCUCUGAGUAUGAAGUUAUUUUAUUCAGAGCAGCGUUUGCGCUAGCAUUCUUCGGGGCACUGAGACUGGGAGAGUUGGUAAGUAAGAGCAAGUCGGUCCCAGGCGGUCUGUUUUUUCAGGAUGUACAAGUCACAGAGGAUAGGGUUUUUAUUCGGCUGCAGCGGUCAAAGACGGAUGUCCUAGGAAAAGGAAAGGAUAUUGUUCUCUUUAAAGUUGACGGGGGGUUGGCAUGCCCCGUUGGCUGUCUUCACCGGUUCUUAAAGGUACGGCGGGAGGGAGCCGAGGUGUUCCUCAUACACGAUGACAAAACCCCUCUUACACGUUUUCAGUUUACUAACAUCUUGAAGAGGAGUUUGGGUAUGUCUGGGGUGAUCCCGGCAGAAUUUGGGACACAUUCCUUUCGUAUCGGGGCAGCAACCGAAGCAGCAAGGCUCGGUUUGGGGGAUCACACGGUUAUGCAGAUCGGGAGGUGGGAGUCUAAGCGCUUCAAAAGUUAUAUACGGCCUGGCUUAUUGGUCCAGGGCAGUUCAAACGCGUAAUUGGGGUGAUGCAAGGGCAUCAUUGGUGUAAGGGGUGGUGGUCAGGUCACCAUACCAAGUUUAAAAUGUUUGUGUUGUUUUCUCUGUUGGUUUACAUUAUUUAUUUUGCAGGCUGCAAAACGGUUGUUUGGAUGAUGGGCCAUUCGUACAUGUGUUGGGCCCGAAGGAGAGCCGCAGUUAGAAGAACUGGAGUGCAGCUGGGCUUUCCGGAGGACCUCGUGACACUAAAAUGGUUUGGAGUUUCUGGCCUAAGAUGGGAUGGCAUACUGCCAAUGUUGUUUAACUCUGUCCGGGCAGGCCACAGACCGGACAUUCUGGUGAUACAUGCAGGUGGCAACGAUUUGGGGGCAGUGCCCCAGAAACAACUUGUGGCUAGGAUGAAACAAGAUUUGGAUGCUGUGAGGUUGAGGUUUCCGGAUAUUGUUUUGGUAUGGUCAGAGAUAAUUCCCAGGUUAGUAUGGAGACAUGCGAGGGAUGCGGUGGCUAUUGAGAGGUGUAGGAAGAAGGUGAACAAGUUGGUAUCGCCUUUUGUUCGGAAGUGUGGGGGAGUGGUAGUGAGGCAUAGGUCUUUAGAGGAGAAAUUAGCGGGCUACUACAUCCGGGAUGGAGUGCACCUUUCGGAGGUUGGAUUGGAUCUCUUCAACCUGGCUUUGAGUGAAGGCAUAGAGAAGGCUUUGUUGUGGCUAGGUGGGGCACGGCGCGCAUGAGGAGUCACGCGCGCGCGUUCGUGGCGGGGUGAUUAAGUUGGGGGAAAGCAAUGGU